CGCGAAAAGACACUUAAACAAAAACCCAAAAAAUGAACCCUUGGAAUCCUCUUUUCUGAAAGGUCUAUCUCACAACCAUCAACUAGCAAAAUGAGUGAAGAAGCCCCUGCCUCCCAAACAUUCACUGCUGCGGAUCGCAUCCGGCAACUGAAUGACAUCGACCAGGAUGUGGCCAAAUUGAUUAACUCCGCUGGUCUCGCCAUUCAAGCGCUAACCAACACCAAGCCCGACUCCGAAACACCAACUGACGGCACUCUGGAAUCCCACAAGGCCCAAUUCAAAGAAGCUACCGCGAAAUAUUUCUCUCUGCUCUCCUCCAUCGAUGUUCGGCUGCGCCGACAAGUCUACGCCCUUGAAGAAGCCUCCCUUUCUACACCUGAUAUGGCUACUAAACCGGGUGAUGCUGCUGGCGCUGGCGCCGGUGCCGUUGGAGCCGCGGGACCUGGAUCUGGGAACCCUCUUGAUGUCAGUUGGCUGAACAGCCGCAAGGAUACGGUUGGCAAGGACAAGGAAGCUGAGCUGUGGGCUGCUGCGAGAAGUUUUGUGGAACAAUUGGACAAUGCGCCCAACGGAUCGAAGGGCUCGGGCAACCAAGAGCAGAACGAGUCUGAGAAGAUGGAGGUCGAUUAAGAUGGACCAGAAAUGUUGCUGGAUGAAUAAUGGGCUGGUUUUGGAACUUUAUGAAUGAUACCCCGGUUACGGAAGCAAGAGCUUAGAGAAACCAGCAAUU